GCAGAGGGGAAAGUUUUGAAGUUUUGCGAAGGUAGUGUGGUGAGAGACGUCGUGAACGACCAUGGGAAGCAGAAUGGGAAGAAGGGUGGUGCAGUUUGCAAACCUAACCUUAAAACUUUUGAUGCCCAAAACCUUCACCAACAUCAAAGAAAUUGCACUGAAGACCAUUCCUUCCGCUUCGAAGAUCGAAAUCAGGCGUGUUCUUGAAUCCCUCUACGGGUUCGAGGUCGAAAAGGUUCAGACAUUGAACAUGGAGGGUAAGAAGAAGAAACGGGGCGGCUUGUUGAUCGCCAAACCCGAUUACAAAAAGGCUUAUGUCACUCUCAAGAACCCGGAGGAGGACCCGGAGGAGGACCCGGUGGAGGACCCAGAGGAGGCCCUGGUGGAGGACCCAGAGGAGGCCCUGGUGGAGGACCCGGUGGAGGACCCAGAGGAGGCCCUGGUGGAGGACCCGGUGGAGGACCCAGAGGAGGCCCUGGUGGAGGACCCGGUGGAGGACCCAGAGGAGGCCCGGGUGGAGGCCCCGGUGGAGGCCCCGCUGGAGGACCCAGAGGAGGACCUGGUGGAGGACCCAGAGGAGGACACGGUGGAGGACCCCGAGGAGGCCCCGGAGGAGGACACGGAGGAGAUUCGGUCACGGCGGAGGUUGCGGAUGUGUGGUCAAAUAGGCUGCAAAUAACACGUGUAAUCCAUGUGAUGACUGCUAUGUGAAAUAAGAAAAUAAGAAAUUAGAAAUAAAAGCAUGGAAUCUAUCUUUGCUAGGGUUACCCCACAAUCAUCAUGGAUGUACUUGAAGCACAUCUUUUCAAUAUACCACCUUUUAAAAUUAUAAUAAAAUUAAACAAGAAAAAAAAAAGAG